GGGCCAGAACAAGAUGGUGAAAAACUGGUGUCUGCUCGAACAGGCUUGGACUUUAUCCUUGUACUAAAAAGAUAAGCCACUGAAGAUAGUGAGAGUAUGCUGUGUCUAGCAAGCCAGUAUACAAGGCUCUGACUGCAAUCAGUGGGAAGACGGCCAGCUUCCCUGCCUGAGCUCUCAGCGCCCCUACUGGCUGCAUGCUGUGCCAAUCAAAGGCUAGUGGGUGGGGAGCAGUCAGACAUGAACACUGAUGUCACAGUCACAUGGAUUCUGGUGUGGUCAUGCUCGGAGGCUGAGAGACAGAGCUGUGCUGGCCAGCUGCUGCUGAGACAGCAGUGGAGGGCUUUGCGCUGGUGAUAGUUUUUUCUCUUAUGGACUCGAAGCUUAAUGAUGUAUUUUGUGAUUUCAGCUAUGAAAGCUCAAAUCGAAAUAAUUCCCUGCAAGAUCUGUGGAGACAAAUCAUCAGGCAUCCAUUACGGCGUGAUAACAUGUGAAGGCUGUAAGGGCUUCUUCAGGAGGAGUCAGCAGAGCAAUGCAGCCUACUCCUGCCCCCGUCAGAAGAACUGCCUGAUUGACCGCACCAGCCGCAACCGCUGCCAGCACUGCCGGCUGCAGAAGUGCUUGGCAGUGGGCAUGUCACGAGAUGCGGUGAAGUUUGGCCGCAUGUCGAAGAAGCAGCGAGACAGCCUGUAUGCUGAGGUCCAGAAGCACCGGCUGCAGCAGCAACAGCGUGACCACCAACAACAGCCUGGGGAGGCAGAGCCGCUCACACCUAGCUACGGCCUCUCAGCCAAUGGCCUCACAGAGCUCCACGAUGACCUCAGUGGCUACAUGGACGGUCACACCCCUGACGGCAGCAAACCGGACUCUGCAGUCAGCAGCUUCUACCUGGACAUCCAGCCAUCUCCCGACCAGUCAGGCCUGGACAUCAACGGCAUCAAGCCGGAGCCCAUCUGCGACUUUGCCCCCAGCUCUGGCUUCUUCCCUUACUGCUCCUUCACCAAUGGAGAAACCUCACCCACAGUGUCCAUGGCUGAACUAGAGCACCUGGCCCAGAACAUCUCCAAGUCACACAUGGAGACAUGUCAGUACCUGAGAGAGGAGCUGCAGCAGAUGACCUGGCAGGCCUUUCUGCAGGAGGAGGUGGAGAGCUACCAGAGCAAGCCACGGGAAGUCAUGUGGCAGCUGUGUGCUAUCAAAAUAACAGAGGCCAUUCAGUAUGUGGUGGAGUUCGCCAAGCGCAUCGACGGCUUCAUGGAGCUGUGUCAGAACGAUCAGAUAGUGCUGCUGAAAGCAGGCUCUUUGGAAGUUGUAUUUGUCAGAAUGUGCCGUGCCUUUGACUCGCAAAACAACACAGUCUAUUUUGAUGGAAAAUAUGCUGGACCUGAUGUGUUCAAGUCAUUAGGCUGUGACGACUUGAUCAGCUCCGUCUUCGAGUUUGGGAAAAACUUGUGUUCUAUGCACCUGUCUGAGGAUGAGAUCGCCCUGUUCUCCGCCUUUGUGUUGAUGUCUGCUGACCGGUCUUGGCUCCAGGAGAAGUUGAAGGUGGAGAAACUCCAGCAGAAGAUCCAACUGGCCCUCCAGCAUGUCCUGCAGAAGAACCACAGAGAGGACGGUAUACUAACAAAGUUGAUAUGCAAAGUGUCGACACUGCGAGCACUGUGCAGUAGGCAUACAGAGAAGCUUACAGCUUUCAAAGCAAUAUACCCAGACAUUGUGCGUGCCCACUUCCCUCCCUUAUACAAGGAGUUGUUUGGAUCAGACUUUGAGCAGUCCAUGCCCGUUGAAGGGUAGCAGCCCUGCCAGGUGCCAGUGUGCCCACCGUAGGGGAAUGUGGAGGAGGAAUCUGAGACACUUUAUUGGUGCCCUGCACAAACCAGAGUGGACAGACGGCAUGUUGUUCAACUUCUUCUUUUACAUUGGAGGGGAGGGCUUAGGGAGUUGAUUCUCAAGGUUUACUUUAUUGAAUUUGGUUUUCCCUGGAAGACGAUAGUUGGACCGACACCCCAUGGGACAUGAAGACGAGAUAGGCACAAAUAAUUUUCUGUCCGGUUGAAUUUGACCUUUUUAUGCGCAUUUCCAACAAGGAACUUAAGAAUUAUUGUGGCAAUACAUGGAUUUUUACCAAUAUUUAUUGCGUCACUAUUACAACGAUUUGUGUGAAUCUGAUUUGUAAUCAUUUAAACAAUUAAUAGUUGAAGACAUCUUCAGUGGAGAUGAAGAUGAAUCAACAUCAGUAUUCUUUUUCAGACAAUACUACCAAAACUGUAUUUUUGUAUUCAACACUUCAACCAGGCAUAUUCCUGUCUCCUUCAUACACAAUAUCCUGCAAUAAACACUUAAUAAAUGCGCACACUUUGGUCAAGUUCAGCCAUUUUCUUCUUGUGUUGAGUAUCUUUUGGAUGCAGUGCUUGGAAUGAAACUCACAGCAACUUUAGGGGAGGCUCCGUCAGCAUUGGUGAUGCAAUCGGCAACUCUCUAUGGACAAUCGUUUUAAAAAAGAUAAUAGAAUUCUGGUAAUUCUAAUGAAACCACAAUGAUUUUAGCUGUCAAAGACUCCAUCCACCAUUGUUGCAUAGUGAAAUCAUGUAAGGCCAUCUGCUAUUAAUCCUUCUCUGGACAGGUGCCCUGGAAAAGCACAGGGCACCAACACAAUGAAAAGGGUCCAUUCCACCUGUUUUAUAAUGUACUACAGGGUAUACGGUCAUAAGUACUUACUAUACAGAAAAAAAUGUUUAUAGAAUCUAUUUUAAAUAACAUGUAUGAUAUUAGUAGUUAGACCAUUCUUAAUUGUUGAAUUGAUAAGGCACUUUUAUUUCCACCUUUAAUUUAAGACGUGUAUAUUUACCUAGUGAUGUGUUGCAUGUGCACAAGAAAUACAAGUUGAACCAUGGUCACGGAGGCUAGUCCUGGGAGCAACAGUUGAUACUGGUCUGGAAGUGUUAGUGAUGGCUGCGGUGGCUGCUCGCUGGCAAACAAAGAGGCAUAUAUAUAUAUAUAUAUAUAUAUAUAUAUAUAUAUAUAU